CGAUCGACUGCGUUUCACGCUCUCUUCGUCGCUAUUGCUACUCGAGCCCUUGGCGUUAUCCGACUCAAGAGACGUCCAGGUCUACUCCCGCAAAAUGUCACAAGACUACGAGGCUGUCGCGGAGACUCUGCGCAAGUUUAUUGCUACCAAGCGACCCGAGUGGGACGACGGCUCGAUUGGCCCUGUGCUCGUUCGACUUGCCUGGCAUGCCUCUGGCACUUACGACAAGCAUUCGCGCACGGGCGGCUCCAACGGAGCAACGAUGCGGUUCAAGCCCGAAGCGACAGACCCGGCCAACGCUGGUCUGGAACACGCACGUGCCUUCCUGGAGUCCGUCAAGGAGCAGUUCCCUUGGAUCUCAACAGCUGACCUCUGGACUCUGGCUGGCGUCACUGCCAUCGAAGUCAUGGGUGGCCCCAAGAUUCCAUGGAAGCCUGGACGCCUUGAUAAGAACGAGCGAAGCGUAACCAAGACCGAGAUCCCUCCCAAUGGACGCCUGCCCGACGCCUCUCAGGGCUCGCAGCACAUCCGCGAUGUUUUCAACAGGAUGGGCUUCAACGAUCAGGAGAUUGUGGCCCUCAGCGGUGCGCAUGCUCUGGGCCGGUGCCACACCGAUCGCAGCGGAUACAAAGGACCCUGGACUUUCAACCCCACUCGCUUCUCCAACCAGUACUUUGUGCUUCUCAAAAACGUCAAGUGGACCAAGAAGCAGUGGGAUGGUCCGGAGCAAUACCAAGAUCCCCACGAUGAACUGAUGAUGCUUCCCACCGACAUGGCCCUGCUGUGGGACCCCGAGUUCAAGAAAUACGUCGAGCUCUAUGCCCAGGAUAAGGAGGCCUUCUUCAGAGACUUUUCGGCUGCCUUUGCCAGGCUGCUGGAGCUUGGCGUCAACCGCGCCCCUCCUCCAAGGCUUUAGGCUGAUUAUUCACCCUUUGGAAGCCUCCCCCCCCCCAUGUCCGUCGACGAUAAGGACGAACUGCGGGCGAGCACCAUCGGAUGACACCAUGUCCGUAGACCGCGCUUCACUCGGCAUUGUACGCACAAAGUAGUUCGAGGGUGCACUUGCCUCUUCUCUGGCUGCACGACAUCACACUGCACCACACAUACAUGAUCCUAUCGAUCGAAAGGAGC